UUGGAAUAAAUAAUAAAUGAAUUAGAUAAAUACAUAAUCAGCACUUCAAAAGUCUUAAUUGAUUUUAGAAAAAAGAGCAGAAGAUGUUGGCAUUAGCAGAGUUGGAUUAAAGAAUCUGGAGUCUGUUCUUUAUUAUUAUUAUUACUAUUAUUAUUAUGAAAUAUAGUCCGUAUUUGUGUUGAUGCUGCUCCAAACCUUCUAACGCGCCUCCAUAAAGUAAUGGGAAGUGGCGGAGAUUUUGUAGAAUGGCUUGGAGAGGACAUGUCUAUUAAGGUUUUUUUGCAUCUGGAAGACCCUUCUCAUCUUGCCCGUGUUUCUGCAGUUUCCACUGCCUGGCGCAAUUUCGUGAUUGCGAAUGGCCUUUUUAAGCAGCUAUGCUUGAAAUUGUUGCCGGAGAUGCGUAGUAUUGUUGAUUUUGUCGAGGUCAAAAAUAUGAUUGAUCCUGUCAGAGGCGGAGGCAGCAAUUGCUUAAAGCUCGACUAUCUUACAAGGAAUCAUAGAGUAUUUUCUCAGUUAACUAGGGGGCUUAGCCCUGUUUUGCAAAAUGAUUGCAUAUCAGAAGCCAUUAGUGCUUCGAGCACUGAUAAUUUUCCUGUAGAAAGCAUCUGGAACACUUUGGAACCACAUGAUAGAGUUGAACAGGGAGCUUCAUACUGGUCAAGUAAAGGGCAAAGUCACACUACAGCUCCUGAAACGUUAGUGUACAAGUUGAGUGCUAAUUUAUGUCUUGUAACUGAAAUCCAUAUUCAACCGUUUCAAGCAUACUUCCAGUAUGACUUCCCCAUAUACUCAUCUAAGUCUGUCCGGUUUAAACUGGGCCAUGCCAAAUUUCCACUACAAAUAGAGAAUGGUGCCACUGUCAAUUCUCUUUCCAACUACAAUUCAACCGGUAGCGAGUUUGUCUGGACCUACACUUCGCCAGAAUAUCCUAUGAUUCAGGAAAACUGCUUGCAAAAGUUCAAGUUACCAGAACCUGUUCUCUGUGUAGGAGGGAUUCUGCAGGUUGAGCUACUGGGCAGAGUUCAGAGACAAGAAAUGGAUGGACUAUACUAUAUCUGCAUCUCCCAUGUCCAGGCUGUGGGACGGCCCCUUAUGCGUCCAUUUGAUGUGGAAAUAGUUGAUCCAGCAGGAAAAUGUGCCUUGAAGUAUUGCCCUCAAAGAGAAGGCAGCAUGUUGACCAAUGGUCUAGCUAAGGGUAAGAAAGGUGGAACAUCUCGCUUGCACGCAUUUACUGUGAGAUUGAUGGAGAGAGGCAUAAGGGGAUGGGAAAAUAUGAUUCUCAAUAGGCUGCUCCGCAUUGGACCAGUUGAUGAGAAUGAUUUAGAUGAUGAGCAUUUGGAUGAACAUCCCUUGCCGUAGCCUGUUUGUAUCCUAAAUGGCCAUCAUCUGCUCUGGCACCAGUGUAAUUGAUGUUGUAGUAAGAACCUUUUCAUUUAUCAGUUGAAUUAUGCUACAUAUAUGUUUUAUCCAGUUA